UGGUUAGAGCACGAAUUUACUGACCGAAGGGUUGUGGUUCGAACCCAGACCUCUGCCUGUCGACUUCCUCUGUCUAGACUUGGGCAACCUGGCAAUGUCCCAGCCCUCGUGCUUCCUUCGGGUGGCAUUGCAGCUAGGCACAGAAAAGGUGUUACAGCUGUACCGUUUUUUGGUGACUCGGCUACUGGUUGUGGUUCGUGGUUUUCGCUGAAAAUCAGUGAACUUCAGGUGAACAGUCCUAUUCUCGGUGAAUUCGCGUUGAGUUUUUCGGCUCGUAGUUUGGUCAGACCAAUGAUGGUACACAACCAUACAACCUCUAGUAGUUUGACCAACUCGACGAUGGAGCGCGUAGGUGACGGCUUCUUGUCCGUUUCUCGUGUGUUGGAUGAAUUAAUUAAAUACCGAUGGAAGGAUGCCAGACGUCCAAGGGCAGAGCUUGAUGAAAUCAGACGGUCUCUCCGAGCGAAAGCCCUUGAAUCGUUCUUCUUGUUUCAAAAAGGACCCCACAAACGGCUCAAGUGGUUAGAGCGCGAAUUUUCUGACCUGAAGAUCCGUAGUUCGAACCCGACCUCUACCUCUCGACUUCCCCUGUCUAGGCUUGGGCAGCCUGGCAGUACCCCAGCCCUCGUGCUUACUUCAGGUAGCAUGGCAACUAGGCACCGAAAGGGUGCUACAGCUGAACGAUAUUUAUAG